AUAUUUCUGUUAGCGAUGGCAGUAUGUUAGAUUAUGAAUCUUUACCAUCAGUUAUCACUGUAGAAAUAACAGCUUUCGAUGGUGAUUUAUUUUCAAAUCCUGGUAUAUUAACUGUUAACCUACAGAAUGUCAACGAAGCACCAGUCUUUACACUGGCUGAAUAUAACUUCAAUGUUUAUGGAAGCAAGGCUGGCCAGGUUGUGAUAAACAAUUUAACACAGUUCGCUUCGGAUCCGGAUCAAAACGAUGUUUUGACAUUUUUAAUCUUUCCAUCAAAUCCAAAUUUUUUUAUCAACCCUUCAACAGGAGCCAUUUCAUUUACUUCUGAUUAUCCAUCUUCCUUACCAAAAUUAAUUAGACUUCCGGUGGUUGCUCGAGAUUUAGGAAAUCUGAAUGACUUGGCGAACAUAACAGUGAGAAUCAAUGACACAAACCAGCCACCUGUUUUGACCAAUUUACCAGAAAGAGUUCAAGUGCUAGAAAAUACAGCAUCAGGAACCACAGUUUUUACUGUCUCAAGCCAAGAUGUAGAUGGCGGUGAUACGAUUACCUACACGAUGCAAGCUGUUAAUACUGCAACCCAGUUAUUUUCUAUCAGUAGCGCCGGAGUAAUAUCUGUAAAAAGUGGAAUUAUUUUAGAUUAUGAAAGUUUACCAUCAAUUUUCUAUUUGACUAUCAGAGCUUUUGAUGGUCAGCUUUAUUCCACACCAGCUAAUCUGACCAUACAACUAAUAAAUGUAAAUGAAGCACCCAGAUUUAACCCAUCACAGUUUUCUUUUACUGUUAAUGAAGGGAAGGCAGGUCAGAUACUAGUGCCAUCCUUAAUCACAUACAUCAUAGACGAGGAUGCAAACGAACAAUUUACAUUUUCCUUAGUUCCUGGCACCAACUCCGACAGAUUCAGCAUUGACCAAUCUACUGGUGCGAUUAGAUUUAGUGCAGAUUACGAUACAGACCCAAAUCGCGCCCCCAAUCAAGUGACACUAGAUGUACUGGUAAGGGACACAGGACUAGGUUUCAGUACGGGAAAGAUCACUCUCAGUAUCAGCAAUGUGAAUCAAGUCCCAAUGUUUACCAACCUACCCAAGGAGGUACAGAUCUCACCAGACACUCCCGCUGGUACCGUCGUUUUUACGGUUAGUUUUAGUGAUCCAGACUCUUUGGAUACACUAACUCUUAAUGGAAUGUUUACCAACACGGUCUCCAGCAAUUCAUUUAGUUUCAACCAGAUUAAUGGUGAGUUAAAAUACCUUGGUCUAGUCAGUAUCCCAGGACAUGUUCUACAGUGUACACUUAGUGAUGGUAAAGUUACUACUACAGCUCAGCUUAACAUACUUGUGUACCAAGAUCCCCAAGUAACCACUACAUUAGUCCCGACUACUACAACAGCUUCUCGUGAAUUACUUAUUACCAAUCUACCACAGACAAUCACCAUAGCAGAAAACGUUCAAUCACAAACUAUCGUCUUUAAAGUUACAACAAGCAAUGCAGUUACCAGCCCCCUUUCCUUCCAGUUACAACAUUUAAACACGGGUGAUCUGUUUGCUAUAAAUAAUGAUGGUGAUGUAUACGUUACCAAUGGAGCUGUGCUAGAUUAUGAAUCCUUACCAACUUUAAUCUACCUGACAAUAACAGCCAAUAAUGGCGCAGUUUCUUCUAAACCAGUCAAUCUGACAGUUAGAUUAUCUAAUGUCAACGAACCACCUAAAUUUAAUCAAUCGUUGUACAGUUUUAUUAUUGGUGACGCUAAGUUGGGAGAUGAUUUGACACAAACACUCAUACCCUACAUCAACGACCCGACUAGUAAACUGUUCAGUUUAGCUUCGACAACGUAUGCUCAAUAUUUUGCCAUUAAUCCCACCACAGGUGCAAUUAGGCUCGCUACAAACCCACCACUACUUCCUAAACAGGUUAAUUUAACCGUUAUUGUACAAGAUUCAUCUAUUGGAGGACAGACUUCCACGGCUGUGAUCAGUCUCUUCAUGAACCUUCCUCCUCGUUUUACUAACCUUCCCAGUACUGUCACUAUACCAUCCGACACGCGUCCACGAGAUGCUAUAUUCACUGUCCAGACGACUGAUCCUAAUCCUGGUGAUAUUUUAACACUGCGCUUGAUUACAUCACAAUCCAAGUUCGGUUUAGGAAGCAUCACAAAUGACGUAUUUGUCCAAUUAGGAGACAGCUUUUCAGCUAAUGAGAGUUAUAUUAUAGAGUUUAGUGUUUCUGAUGGGCAGAAACUGGUCAAUUCUGCUCUUACAGUGCAUGUGUACAUUCCAGCAAAAACUAUAACCGAAAUACCAACGAGUCUAACGACGAAACCUACCGUUGUAGAUCCAAAGACGACAACCAGUAAUACUGUUACAGAUUCUAACGAUAGCCUGCCACUUCUUGAAAGACCAUGGGCGAUAACAGCCAUUAUUAUUACAGCUGUACUGGUGCCGACGUUGAUUAUAUUAGUAGCAGUUAUAAUCUGUAAGCGACGUAAUGGACACGAUGACAGGUCCAGUUCUAACGAGAAGAUUUACGAUCAAAGAUCAAACAGAUCACUUCCACUAUCUUUCUAUCCUAGUUACAACCAUGGAAAGGGUUUCUACCAAACCCACACAUACCCACAUAACUUUAAUUUUACUGAUUAAUUAAAUUAUUCAAAAGUAUUAGAACUAUGAAGUUUUUUAUUUAUGUGUUACCUAUACAAAUAAAGAAAAUGCAAGCUUGGGUCGAGAAACCGUCGAGGACAAUUGUAAAUGGGCAAAAUAUCUAAAGUCUGAUUUGUACACUUAUGUUGAAAAAUAUCUGAAGUCUAUUUUCAAUGUGUACACUCUAAAAUAACGUGUGUUGAAAAAUAUCUAAAGUCUCCUAUCAACUUGUACUAUACAAGAUAAUUAGAAUUAUACCGUUAUUUUAUUUCUUCUUUAUUAUUCUGAUUUUCUACACUGCAUGACAUAUAACAUAAUUGGCAAUCGUAAAGUCCUGGGCCCUGUUUCUCGAAAUCUUAACUAAAGAUAAAAUCCAAAUUUUAGUAGAUACCUCAAUUUUGAUUGGCUAAGCACUAAAAUCAGUCUAAUAUUAUCCAAUCAAAUUACUAAAAUUUGGAUUUUAUCUUAGUUAAAAUUUCGUGAAACAGGCCCCUGGUCCCUAUCGCGUAUCCGUAUUGAUUUUGCCUGUGACGUCAUCAUGGCAUGUGUAUUUCUCAUACGGAUACGGCAGCACGUAUCGAACAGCUUUCAUACGGAAAAGGUCAUGCUACUUUUAGACACUAAAAUGCUGUGCCGUAGCGUUUGAUGUGAUUUUAACCAUGAUAAAGACUGGAAUUUAAUCAUUAUUUUUUAUUAGCUUUUCGCGGAAUUUUCAUAUUUUUCCUAUAUGCCUGUCUGCAUGCUGGUUGAUCUACCUGCUAAAUUUAGGGAGGCGGGACCGUGCCAUCUGUAAAAAGGGUAUACAUUCUGAAAUGAUACAUUAGUGAAACCAAAAAUUGCCGUUGAAUUCGAAGAUUUUUUUUAAUAAGAUUCGACACUAAUUUUUUUUUAAUUUUUACAUAACUCAGCGACUGUUGAGCGACUUUGCUCCCUUCAGGAAUUUGUAGGUCAGGCACUUGACUAGUACUGAUGUUGAUCUUGGUAGAUAACUGCCAUCAUGCUGUAAUGGGACUAAGCUCAACUCAGCUACUCAUACGUACGCGGUACGAAAAUCUGCCAAAACUCUAAAACUAUAUUGACACAACCUAUCACGUGACGAUACGGAUACGUGAUACGGAUGGAAAAGAUUCCGCUUGCCAAAAGUCUCUAUUUAUUCAGACGGUUGACGUAUGAGUGUGUUACAUACAAGACUUCGAUGAGUUUAUAAAUAGAUCAGCUGAUUAAUAGGAAAUGAAAUAAAAGAUGGGGUUUAAUGUUCCAGCAUCAACCGGGGUAAUAUCGACAUGCACACGUCAUGCAGUGCUAUGAAGUAAAUUUUGCCCUGACAGGAGGACAGCGACGCUUCCUCCUACUCGUAAUUUAAAUUCAUCUGUCAGGCCUGGCAAAUCUCGAUCAAACAUAAUUAACCAGUUUCAUUCUCAAAAAUAUAUAUGUGACUUCUCCAUUUAAACAAAUGAUAAAUGCAACAUUAAUGCAAUGAAAUGGGGUUUAGCGUCCUUCUGUUCUGCUCCGAUUAGACAUAUGCCAUGCAGUGUGUUAUGAGGGAAUUAUUACCCGCACAGCAGCGCUACGGUCUACUCUUAUACUUAAUAACAACUGUGAAGGAUUAUUUUAUGGGACCUUAAUUCGCAAAUCAUUUAGUUUUAUAUAUUUUGAAUCUGUUAUAAGUAUUUUAGUUGCAUCAAGUUUUAAUAAUAGAUUACGAAAUAUAUUGCAUAUAUUAUUUUUGUAUUUUUUUUAUAAGUAUGUUAUUUAUAUUAGACGUCAUAAAUACAUUACAACUUUUUCAAGUUACAUCUUUGUCAAAUUACAUAUAUUUGCAAUUGCGUCUAUAAGAUGUCUCUAAAUAGUUAUCAGUAUUUUAUUCAAAUUAGACAUUACGAACUGUAUUAGAUGGGUCAUGUUUGUAAUUUGUAUUUAUAUCCAAAAAUAAAUUACAAACUUUAUAAAUGGGUUAUGUUUGUAAUUUGUAUUUUACAACCAAAAUAGAUUACGAACUUUAUAAAAUGGAUUAUGUUUUAAUCUGGAUUUACAACAAAAAUAGAUUACGAACGGCAUAAAAUGGGUUAUGUUUGUAAUUUGUAUUUAAAAAAAAAAUAGAUUACGAACUUUAUAAAAUUGGUUAUUUUUGUAAUUUGUAUUUACAACGAAAUUAGAUCACCAACUUUAUAUAAUUGGUUAUGUUUGUAAUUUGUACUUUUACAACCAAAAUAGAUUACGAAAUUUAUAUAAUGGGUUAUGUUUGUAAUUUGUAUUUAAAACCAAAAUAGAUUACGAACUUUAUAAUAUUGGUUAUAUUUGUAAUUUGUAUUUACAACGAAAUUAGAUCACGAACUUUAUAAAAUUGGUUAUGUUUGUAAUUUGGAUUUACAACCAAAAUAGAUUACGAACUGCAUAAAAUAGUUUAUGUUUGUAAUUUGUAUUUAAAACCAAACUAGAUUACGAAUUUUAUAAAAUGGGUUAUUUCUUUGUUAUUUGUAUUUACGAUCAAAAUAGAUUACGAAAUUUAUAAAAUGGAUUAUGUUUAUUAUUUAUAUUUACAACUUUGUUAGAUAUAAUAUUUUUGUAAUCUGUA